GAGCAAACGUGAAACGUCACGUCAGCUACGACUUACCAGCUGUCAGCCAUCCGAAUUGCGAACGCUUUUUAUUAAUUUGGAAAACGGUGUUUUGCGUUUUAUAGGAGCGUGCCGUUUCUCAAGGAGAUAAUUUCCGAUAUCGUUUGUCAAUUGUCACGCGGAAAUCUGGCUGGAAAUGGACAGUAACGCUCGCCACAACACGCCGCCUCAAACAAGUGCGGAUACCAGUGGCGAAACAUCACAUCAAAACGAAGUUUCUACAGUCACUGUAGCUAUGCCAUUUAUGCAAGUUGAUAUACUCAAUCAUUCCGGAACAUCUGCUGCUGGUGCACAGGCAAACGAUCUAACAACGAUGAAUCGAAUUCGAAUGGCCGAUGGAGAAGAGAUACCACCUCCAAAACCAGACUUUUCUGCACCACCUCCUUAUGAAGUAGCUACCAAAUUGCCCAGUUAUGAAGAGGUGCAGCGUGAAAAAACUCUACAAGGCGAGCCACAACCUCAAGUACAUAUGCCAGGAAAUAUUAGGUCACCACAACAACCUCUAACAAUUUUGGCAAUAGAUACCGAAGCUGCAGAAGGUGAUCCAGAAAGUGGAUUACUUGGUACAGACUUUAUGUUUUUCACAGCAUUUCUUGUUGCAUUCCUAUUUAAUUGGAUCGGGUUUCUGUUACUGAUGUGUUUCUGUCACACUAUUGCUUCUCGUUAUGGUGCACUGGCUGGUUUUGGAUUGUCUCUGACAAAGUGGACACUCAUUGUCAAACACUCUACCGAUCUUGCUUCACGUGAGAAUUCAUGGCUUUGGUGGUUGAUUAUGGCAUUUGGGGUUUUAAUUUGUGUACGUGCCAUCAUUCAAUAUUUAAACAUCAAACGUGGUUGGAGAUUACUAUCCGGCAGUGCACAGGAGCGUCUACUUUUUUUCUAUUAAAAAAUUGAAUCUGCACUUCUCUUUAUUUAACGUGGCUUUAGAGCAAACAGCAUUUUUAUGUGGGGUCAUAUUUGUAUAAUAUAUAAUCGACAAGAUUCUCAAUUGAUUAUAAAUUGUAAUUUACCUAUCAAUUGUAUCUAUAUAGAGCAAAAACAAAGAU